AUGAUGAUACUGUGUGGUUUGUCACUGGUUUAUUUCAUUAUACUGCAGCCGCUAAUGAAUUUCUACUCGCUUCUGCUUUACCUUGAAAAGCCUCCAGGAGAGAUUAAAGAGCAGUACGGCUCUGUGUUUGCUAAUUGGUCGAGCGAAUCUUUAGAAAGGCUGACUAACAAUACUUUCGUUUUUUCGCUAGGACAGUUCGCAAAUGUUUUAGAGAGCUUUGAAUAUCCUUGGAGUUUUGAUAGAACUGUGAUGGUGUUAUCUGGUUUGCUGAAUGUGUGUCAGUUUGUGCCUCUGUUAAGAGAAAUGGCAUUCAACAGGAGGUUUGCGUCUCUUUGUUGUCCUGAGAUUUGCGGUGCGUCUUCGGAAGCUUUAGCAAAAAGCACUCCGAGCCGCUCGAGAAAGAGCAAAACAGCAAAAGCUGCCGCUGCAGCCACUGCCCCCCCAACGGCGGCUUCCCAGGCUGAAGCUACAGCUCCUCCGCAGAGUUCCUCUGCCAAGGUCGCUGCAGAUAACAUUACUUCUCCAGCCUCAAAGGCUAACAAGGCAGCCCCCACUUCUUCACACACUGGGCACUGUUGCUGCUGUAGCCACUGUGACAGUCAUUCAGACUCUGGAAAUGAAUCAAAUGAUGGUGAACCCAUAACAGCAUCAGUAGCUGGUUGUAAGAAAGUCACUAGAAAGACUGCCCGUGCAGCAGAUGAUGGCACAGGGCCAACAUCAACCCAAGGUGCAUCAUCAGGACAAGGAGGAGAUGAAGUGACCACCACUCGGUCCUUUUCUCCAGGUGAGCUGAGAGAUCUGCGAAAAGACUUUAGUCGUUGUGAAGGCGAGAAUAUUUUAACCUGGCUGUUCCGAUGCUGGGACAAUGGGGCAGAAACAAUUGAAUUGGAAGGUGGUGAAGCCAGGCAGCUGGGAUCUCUGUCAAGAGAUUCCACCAUUGAUAGGGCAAUUUCAAGAGAGUCUAAUGCCACUACCCUCUGGACCCUACUCCUGGCAGCUAUGAAAGUAAGAUUUCCCUACAAGGAAGAUUGUAUAUCCAAGUUAGGGAAAUGGAAUACUAUGGAGAGAGGUAUUCAGUUCCUGAGAGAAUUAGCUGUGCGAGGGAUCAUCUAUUUUGGACCAGACAACCAAGAGGGGACAGACCCAGACAGAAUCAAUUGUACACGACCUCUGUGGCGCAGAUUUGUACAAAGUGCACUCCCUGCAUAUGCUAAGUCAUUGGCAGGAAUGGUCUGGACAGCUGGAGGUGUACAAGAUAUUACUGAAGUGAUUGAGCAGCUCCGGAACUUUGAGGACAGCCUUGCUGGUUCUCUACGGGCUUGUGUCUCUGCUGUAGAGAAACUGCGUGAAAAAUCUGAUGACCGGUUUGAAAAGCUGUUGCAAGAAAUCAAAGAACUCAGAGAAGACACAUACCAUUCACGACCUGCACAAACCUAUGUUUCAGCUAUUAGGAAAAGGCGUUUCCAAUCUCGAGAGAGAGGACAGAGGCAGCCCACAAAAAGAGGUUCACUGUGGUUCUUCCUACAUGAGCAGGGAGAAAACAUGAAUAAGUGGCAUGGAAGACCUACCUCAGAACUUCAAGAACGAGUACGUGAGAUAAAAGGAAAAACUCCUAGGAAGGUGGCUGCUCCAAUCUCUCCAGAAGAGAUUCUGAUGCUCUUGAAGGAACCUCUAAUUCACACCCAGAGACCGUGCAAAACAGAAAUUAAAGGUACCCUGCCUCCAACCAGGUGGAGGAAAGGGAUAACAGAGUUUAUUGGACUGUACAAAUACGAUGGCCUGGUACAACACACCCCCAGGAGUACAAAGCUUUAGUGGACACUGGUGCUCAGUGCACGAUAAUUCCUUCUAAUUAUAAAGGAACGCAAUCCAUCAAUAUUGUUGGAGUGACUGGGGGAUCCCAGGAACUGACUGUUGUAGGGGCUGAAAUGAGCCUAACUGGAAAAAACUGGCAAAAGCAUCCCAUUGUGACUGGUCCACAUGCUCCGUGCAUCCUUGGCAUAGACUACCUCAGGAGAGGGUAUUUUAAGGACCCAAAAGGGUAUAGGGGGGAUUUGGUAUAGCAGCUGUGGACACUGAGAAAAUUGAACAACUGUCUGAUUUGCCUGGUCUUUCAGAUGAUCCUUCUGUUGUAGGACUGCUGAUGGUUGACGAUCAGCAGGUGCAAAUUGCUACCACGACAGUGCAUCGCCGGCAAUAUCGCACCAACCGAGACUCUUUGAUUCCUAUCCAGAAGUUGAUCUGUCAAUUGGAAAGCCAGGGUGUGAUCAGUAAGACUCGCUCACCUUUUAACAGCCCAAUUUGGCCAGCGCGUAAGUCCAGUGAUGAGUGGAGACUAACAGUAAAUUAUCGUGGUCUGAAUGAAGUUAUGCCACCAUUGAGUGCUGCUGUGCCUGACAUGCUAGAACUGCAAUUCGAACUGGAGUCAAAGGCAGCUCAGUGGUAUGCUACAAUUGACAUUGCUAAUGCAUUUUUUUCUAUUCCUGUAGCAGCAGAGUGCAGGCCGCAGUUUGCUUUCACCUGGGGAGGCAUCCAGUACACGUGGAAUCGCUUGCCCCAGGGGUGGAAACACAGUCCUACCAUCUGCCAUGGACUGAUCCAGACCACGCUGGAGCAAGGUAAAGCUCCAGAACACUUGCAAUAUAUUGAUGACAUCAUCAUAUGGGGCGACACAGCGAAAGAAGUCUUCGAGAAAGGUGAGAGAAUAAUUCAGAUUCUUUUGGAUGCUGGUUUUGCCAUAAAACGAAGCAAGGUCAAGGGACCUGCACGAGAGAUCCAGUUUUUAGGAAUAAAAUGGCAAGAUGGCCGUCGUCAGAUCCCAAUGGAUGUGAUCAACAAAAUUGCAGCAAUGUCUCCACCUACUAAUAAAAAGGAGACACAGACUUUCUUGGGCGUUGUAGGUUUUUGGAGAAUGCAUAUUCCUGACUACAGCCAGAUUGUGAGCCCUCUCUAUCGAGUGACUCGUAAAAAGAACCAAUUUGAGUGGGGCCCGGAACAACGACAAGCAUUUGAACAAAUUAAGCGUGAGAUAACUCAUGCGGUGGCCCUUGGACCAGUUCGGACUGGACUAGAUGUUAAAAAUGUGCUCUACACCGCAGCCAGAGAUAAUGGACUUACCUGGAGCCUCUGGCAGAAAGCACCAGGAGAAACCUGCGGUCGACCCUUAGGUUUUUGGAGUCGAGGAUACAAAGGAUCUGAGGCCAACUAUACUCCAACUGAAAAAUAGAUACUAGCAGCAUACGAAGGAGUUCGAGCUGCUUCAGAAGUGAUCGGUGCUGAAGCACAGCUCCUCCUGGCACCUCGACUGCCGGUGCUGAGUUGGAUGUUCAAAGGGACGGUUCCCUCUCCACAUCAUGCAACCGAAGUUACGUGGAGUAAAUGGAUUGCAUUGAUCACGCAACGAGCUCGAAUUGGAAAUCCCAGUCGCCCAGGGAUCUUAGAAGUGAUUACAGACUGGCCAGAAAGCAAAGACUUUGGGAUGUCUCCAGAUGAGGAGGAACUAAAACGUGUUGAAGAAGCACCACCGUAUAAUGCUCUUUCAGAGACUGAUAAGCAGUAUGCACUGUUCACAGAUGGAUCCUGUUGUCUUGUAGGAAAACAUCGAAGGUGGAAAGCUGCUGUGUGGAGUCCCACACGACAAGUUACAGAAGCCACUGAAGGACAAGGUGAAUCUAGUCAAUUUGCAGAAGUGAAAGCCAUCCAGCUGGCUUUGGACAUUGCUGAACGAGAGAAGUGGCCAAUACUUUAUCUCUAUACUGACUCAUGGAUGGUAGCAAAUGCCUUGUGGGGGUGGCUACAGCAAUGGAAGAAAAGCAAGUGGCAGCGCAGAGGUAAACCCAUUUGGGCUGCCACACUGUGGCAAGACAUUGCUGCUCGCCUGCCUGUGAAAGUUCGUCAUGUAGAUGCUCAUGUGCCUAGAAGUCGAGCCACGGAGGAACAUCUAAACAACCAACAAGCAGAUCAAGCUGCUAAGAUUAAAGUAGCUGAGGUGGACUUGGACUGGCAACAUAAAGGUGAACUUUUCCUAGCUCGGUGGGCCCAUGAUGCUUCAGGGCAUCAAGGUAGAGAUGCAACAUAUAAAUGGGCUCGCGAUCGAGGGGUGGAUUUAACUAUGGACACUAUUUCACAGGUUAUUCAUGAAUGUGAGACUUGCGCCGAAAUCAAACAAGCGAAACGGUUAAAGCCUGUAUGGUAUGGGGGGCGAUGGUUAAAGUAUAAGUAUGGAGAAGCUUGGCAGAUUGAUUAUAUUACACUUCCACAAACACGUCAAGGUAAGCGUUAUAUACUUACAAUGGUGGAAGGAACCACUGGAUGGUUGGAAACAUAUGCCGUACCUCAUGCUACAGCCCGAAAUACUAUCUUGGGCCUUGAAAAGCAAGUCCUUUGGCGACACGGUAUGCCAGAAAGAAUUGAAUCAGACAACGGUACUCAUUUCAAAAACAGUCUUAUAGACAAUUGGGCCAAAUAACAUGGUGUUGAGUGGGUAUAUCAUAUUCCAUAUCAUGCACCAGCCUCUGGGAAAAUUGAAAGGUACAAUGGUUUGUUAAAAACUACACUAAAGGCACUUGGUGGUGGAACCUUUAAAAACUGGGAUUCACAUUUAGCAAAAGCCACUUGGUUGGUCAACACCAGGGGAUCAACCAAUCAAGCCAGGCCUGCCCAAUCAGAAAUUCUACGGACUGUAGAAGGAGAUAAAGUCCCUGUAGUACACAUGAAAAACAUGUUAGGAAAGGCAGUCUGGGUUACUCCUGCCUCAGGCAAAGGCAAGCCCGUUCGUGGGAUUGUUUUUGCCCAGGGACCUGGCAGCACCUGGUGGGUGAUGCUUAAGGGUGGAGAAGUUCGGUGUGUACCUCAAGGGGAUUUGAGUUUAGGUGAAAAUAUUCAAUACUGAACUGCAUGAUGUGAAUUGCCAUACUAACAGUAUUUAAUAAGUGUCUUUCAGAUCAAGAAAGUGAUGAUGAAACCAGAGCUAGCUUCUUCGAGUGGCGCCUGGCAACUUCUUCGAAGUUGAUGUCUUUAACCCACAAACAGUGGUCAUGAGAUGCACUUGUACCAUUUUUCCUGCCCUGGGAGACUGUCGUGACAAAAUGAACUUAAUGAACUUUUUAAAGGAUGGUCCACUGAUUAAUUACUCCUGUGUAUAUAUGUACAUAUGUAUAUAUAUAUAUAUAUAUAUAGUAGUAGUGAUUAAUUAGAUUGUAUUGAUAGAUUGUAUUGAUAAGGUUUAAGUAUUCAGUGAAUGGCAUAUUAUAAGGGGUGGAAUGUCCUGGUUUUGUUAAAAACAAGUUUCUCUUUCAGUGAAUUUUGCCUGUCAGCUAAAGCCUUCAUAUUAACUGCAUUUUCCUGGAGCACCAGACACAUGUUUUGGUAAACCUAGCAAUGGAAUGCAAACUUAUUGAUAAGCACGGAUGGACAUCUCGCGAGAGGGGCGAUGAGAAACAAGAGACCAAGAAACUGACCAACUGUGUAUAACAUUCCAUUCACGUGAAUACUUCAUAUAGAAGUGCGAGAUCACGAGGAUCUCGUCCCUUUUUUUUUCCCUUUUUCCUUAUGGCCGACAUUAGGAGAGGACCUUGCUAGUCAUCCUUGCGAACUGAGUCCUAGUGAGAGACUGAAUCCAGCUCCGGUUGGCUGCAGAGUCUAAUCCAGGACUUCAGGUGCCGGCUCUGCAGUUGCUGAGACUUUCAAGAUUGGUUUUGUAUAUUUUGUAUUAUUUUCUCUAUUCUUAUUAGUAGCAUUAGUAAAACAUCUUUAAUUUUUUCCAACUCUCUUCUCUCUGUCCUUCUUUUCCUCCCAAUCGCUUCUCCUUAGUGGAAAGGGGGGAGAGGGAGGGGCAAAAAGGGGGAAGUGGGGAGGGGGAGAGGGGGUUAACAAUACAUCUGCCAGGGUUUUAUUGUCACCCUGCAAUCUUAACCCUCGACACUCAUCUUUGCAUUGAUUUUCUAAGUGUAAUAUCGCCCUUUUGGCCCUCCUGCUGUUUGCUCAAAUUGCCAUUCUCCACAGAAGGUACACCACCUGCUUGCUAAUAGGCUUCUAGAUCACCAGGUCUGUGAGCAUCUAUAACGCUGAAUUAGGAUCCAUGGUUUACAUCUGAAACAGUCCUCACAACUUAUCUCCCUCCUGUCCGUCUGCAUCCGUUGAAUCUUUGUUGUCUUUAUUCAGCCAUGGCUUGACCUAUUUCACAGGAAUCCACUUUGAUCCUUGGCCUGUAAUGACACAAACAUAACCUUUUCCCCAGGUUAUCAAUUGAUGUGGCCUUUUCCAUUUACCAUUAACUAGUGAUUUGACCAUAACUGAUGUAGGUUCUUUCUGAUUUAGCAUGUUUUACGGUCAUACUUGCAAAGUGUUUCAACACAUACAGUGCUUUUGACAAUAGGUUUUGUGGUGCUUUUCCUACUUCCACCCCUUUUUGUUUAAAAAAAAAAAAAAUACAGGUCAGAAUCAGAUACAUGCAUUGAACCUUGACUAUGUACUCAAAAUCACAAAUCAAAUUUAGAGUUUCCUCCUUAAAAAGCUCUAAGCAAUGUAAAGCUGCGCCAAGUUCUGCUAAUUGGGUUGAACCUUCAAUAAUUUUUACAGAAUGAUGCCAAUUGUUAUCUUCAUGCCUAACCACUACAGCUUUAUGAGACUUCCCAGAACCAUCAACAAAAACUGUUCAACUAUGUAGGAUCAGACCAAAUACAAGUAUGGUCUGUGACCUGAUGUUAAAGACUUGCAGGUUCUGCAGCUAUUUACAUUUAGGCAUGCCAAAAGCUGUGCUGUUAAGAAAACCAGCUAGUGCAAUUUACAAAGACAUAGAUUACAAACAAAAAAUCAAAAUUAAAUGUCACAAAUGGUACAUAUAUGACAAAAGGAUCAUGGCCUAUUAAGACUUAAAUUCAUUCCCUGCAUUUUCUUGAUCAGAGUAACAAUUGGUAUAUCAGUCUGUUAGCAUUCUCAUCAUACUGUCCCACAAUAGCCACAGGUUGUUUCAUAGACAAAUCUGCAAGUCCAAUCAAAUGCAGUUAGCUUGUAGGGUUGUCAGAAAUUUAUUCACCAAAGUCUCUAAUUCCAUUUUGGUUGUCAUAUUUAUUGGAUAUUGUUUUCCCUUACCGGAUCGAAGUCCUGUUUCAGUUCUAUCAAUGUAGUGUUUGCUUUAUCGAAACAUUGGCUGUUAAUACCAGUGGAAAUACAGCAUUCGAAAUGUCCUUGGAGAUUUCUCACUUGCAGCAAGCAGAUCUGCACCAUCCACACAGCUUCUUGUAGGCCAUGCACCUAAACAGAAUUCUCAGAAAAUGUUAUUUGAGCUUACAAUUUGCUUAACAAAUCUUGACCCACAAGAGGUAUAGGGCUUUCUGGCAAAUGCAAGAAUUCAUAUGGUAAAUCUUUGUUCCAAAUUUGGCAUUCCAUUGGUCUCAAAAAAUAAAAACGGUCUUUCUUUCUUUCUUUCCCAUGAUCUCAAAAACUAUCACGGUGAAUUUACUAAGAAGUCUUUUACAACUAGUUAUCACAGAAUAAGUCUAUUAACAAAUUUUUGGUUUAACUUUCGAGUUUGGUUAGAACUACGGAUCUGCUAGGGAUGCCUUUAAAUUUCACCCCAGACUGCUCCAUCAGUAUUACAACGUUGCUGCAGUGGUGGGGAGAGAAAACCCCCCUUUUACUGCCUUGAAAGCGGGCAGCCAGGUUUUUCCUUAUUUUUUUUUCUUUCUCUUCUUGCUGCAGUUCAGAUGUAGCCAAGGCCACGCAGCUGGUGUAAUCACUGGUACAAAGUAGGAGGCUCUGGCAAACUUAUCAUACCAUAUAAGAAAGACCAACCAAAAUUGCAACAUGCUUAAACAGAUACCCACAAAGAAAAGAGGUUAAUAAGGAAAUUAUCUUGCAGACUUCAGAAAGUUUUCUGACCUGUGUGUUAUCAGUUAACUCUCUCAGCUUGUUGAAGUUCAAAUUGUUCUGCCUGUAAAACUGUCUGAAACGAUUUAAUGAUCUCUUGUAGAGAUUUAUUUUUGUCCUGCUCUUCUCACCUUAAAAAUAACAUUAAUUGCAACAAGGUGUUAUACUUCAAGAUUCUAUUCUCCGGACACUUUUCCCAAUUAUUUAAACUUACACAGCAGCCAACACUAAUUUCAAUAAUUUCUCCUAUUUCCAAGUGCUUUCCUAUGUUCUAAAACACCUCCCAAUACUGAUUUCUUAGGAACAUGACUGAAAACAGUCAUUUCUGACCCCAUUUUGUAAGUAAAAACCAUGAGAAGAGGGAGGGAGGGGGGAAAGCACAGGGCUGCUUGCAGUGUGCGUGGGAAAAAUGGGGAGAAGGCUUUACGGCGCACUUAAAAACAACUAGUAAAACAAUUAAGUCACAUUCCUGACAAGCUGCUUGAUUUUCCGAGAGGCAAUACACAGGAGCACAUAAUAUGUAUUGUAAAACUCGCAGAUAACAUGUUGAUAGCAAACAUUAGCAUUCUCUACUGUGAAUUUCAACACCAGUGCUUCCUUAACUUCUAAGUUUUCAACCUGCUUAUUGAUGGCCUCUUGAAGAUGGUCAAUAAAUUGCAUGUAAUUCUCACUGGGACCCUGAUAGUAGUUAUAAAAGAUUUGGCUGCUUUGUUGGUUUCAGGCACCUUUAUCAUAGCUUAAUAUGCGAGAUCUGUUGACUGCCUCAGGAUUUCAGAAACUAAUAGCGCCUGUAAUUGUGGUGUGCCAAUUAGUGUCUGUUCCAAGAGUUGUGGGAUACCUGCCCCUUUCAACGAGUCCCCAUCGUUCCAUCCUAAAUGAUCUAUAGCUGUUACAUUGCAUAGGUCUAAUUUUGCUUGAGUCUUUCAUGGUUUUUAUCUGAUCUCGGGGCAACAUGUACACAUACUCUUUUUCCUGUUAACUUUUAAAAAAAAUGCUGCAGACCCUCAUCCUCAUCCGAGUCAUCAGAUAACAUGGACUUGAAUGGUGCUGGAGAAUCAUUAGUAACAGGGGGGUUCAGAACAGUUCACAUUUUCGCCAAUGUUUUCUAGCAUCAUAAUUAUUCAUAUAACCUGAGUCCCCAGGCGCACCCCCUUUCCCAUCACGAUCACCAUGACCGCAUUGCUGACUGCUGGAUUCACUCGCUAUUAGCUGAUCUAAUCCUUCACACAGUUCUUUUGCCCGGUUCUUAUCCGGCGACUCCUUCUGCUCUCUCGUGGAAGUUGGAGGGUUAAAAGGCGGUAAAGGCAGAUACAAAUUGGUAAAAGGACUGAUAGUACACUUGUUUACGACCUUAGCAUUCUCAGCUUUCACAGGUUCCUUGGGCAAGUUGUCUGACUCCAGUUCUUUGGACUUGCUAUUCUCAUCAGGGUUGGGCAAUGGUACAGGAGGCCACCCGCUUGGCAUUUUUCCUCCCCCCGCCCCGGACUGCUGAGCCAACGGGGGUGCCAAAGGCACAGCAGGGGAUGGAGUAGGGAGAGUAUCAAAGACACGAACCGGGUAAACUUCAAGCAACUUAUAGGUUUCUUAUCAGGCUGCAAAGCUGCAAAAACUCUGGCAGCAGCAGACCGUUCAGCCUUAAGAUCUUUUAAGGUGGUAAUUAUAAUCUUCCGUGUAGUUGCUAACGAUUUAGCUUCUUUAUCUCCCUUGCUGACCUUAUCCCAUAAUUUCUGCCCUAUAUCCUCCAAAAGUUCAAGUUUAAAAGCCUUCUCGGUUUCUGCCAGGUAACUGUUAGUUCUACACCAAACUAACAGUCUACGUAUGUUACUUUCUUAAUAUUUAAGUCCUCUCACAGAGAGAAUAUCAGGAGGAGCUUCAGUCUUCCCUCCUCCUGCCCCAGCCACUCACCUUUUCUGGUGAUUUCUUCAACAAAUUUGUCUGCAGAAUGUCCGUAUGCCUCCGCCCGGUUCUCAGUCCAUCUGAUCCACCUCCGGCUGGGCCGCUCCAGGCUUUUCCCCGAUCAUAGUGAUACGCUGUUCAGAGCAUCACAUCUGGGUCACCAUUUGUUGGAGUGAAUAAAGGACUCAGCAUUCCGAUUCAAUGUGAAUCACGCAAAGCCAUUUAUUACAGAAACAAGCCUCCUUAUAUAUGCAACUAUUCUCUGAUCAUGCGUCCACGCUCCAAGCAUGCAUUCUUUAAUUGGAUAUCAUCUAUGUUCACGAGCUAUCCACGCACCGAAGUCUCACUGCUGAUAGGUCCACUGAUUUACACCACGUUGGGGCCUUGUUAUUUCGGAGUUGCUUUUCUCCGACGGCAGGUCCUGUUUCCAGCCUUGAAAUUCCUGGCUGGUUCAGUAACAAAUCUCCAUCUAACAGCAACCCCUCCACAUUUAUUGCUUGAAUAUUUUCAUUGAACUAUUAAGUAUAAGCAUUCAAUGUAGGCAAUUCCAAAUCUGUGUGAAAAAAAAAAGGAAAAUUCCAGUUUAUCUGUCACACAGGCACUUGAGCCAACACUUAUGCACAAACUCUGUGGUGUGCAUUUUGUUGCUCAGUUUGUCAAAAUGCUGGGAAGUUUCCUGAGAUCUGAUGGUGUCCUGUAAUUACACUUCCAACAAGUAAACUGACUUCUAUCUGGGUAAAGCUCUGAUACCGAUCUGCUAUCUUGGGGUUAGAACUUCAGUAAUUGUAGGUGCCUUUCUGUAGUAUAAACUAUAUUUUAAAGUAUCCUUUGCAAACUAGUUGAUGAUCUAGUUCCAAUACAACUAACACAUGAUACUUUUUCUUUACCAGCCUCCACCAGCACAAUCAAAGAAAGGGCAUGAACUGUCAGUGAAGAAAAGUUUCCUUAUAUUAUUUGGAUAGCAAUACCCAAGGGUAGUGCUGCUGCAGUUACUCUGCUUCCAACAUGGUUGUCUUCCCUAUGAGCUGCUCAUCAGCGAGACAGUCCAGUCUAGGUAUGGCCAUUCCUCUCCAGCAAUCAGAGCCUGUCCUCAUGGCAUAAUACUUGGCACAAUCUCUUGACUAACAUUUACUGUGCAGACCUGUGUACCUAUUCCCACGUCAGCCUUUGUAGCAGGCUGUGCAGGACACUGUUUGCUCCAGGCACAGUGUAUGGUCAUACUAGUAUAUUUAAAAAUGGAUUGUGCCCUGUAUGCUUGCUGUGAACUCGCCAUUAUGGUGGGAAGUAGCCUGACAGUGAAGGGCACGUCACUGGGGGAAAUGGGAUUUGGAGCUGUCCUAGAAAUGUCUUGAGUGAUUUGAUGAGCAAACUGCUCUGGAGGCCCAUCAGGGACAGGAUUUGGGUAUCUAGCAUUUGGAGGAGUCUCAGAACCUGUUACGUGGUGUGAACAAUCAAGGAAAUAGAGAUCUGUCACUUUCACUUAUAGCAACCAGUGCUUCUGAAAUUCAAUAGUGUUGUUAUCAAAAGGGAGGGACUUUCUGGUAUGGUAAUAACAUACUCAAAGAGAAUUAAAGAGGCUUUAUAGUUCCUGCAGUGCUCAGUAGGUUGUUUCAAAUGGAUUUGUUACUUAUGAAUAUAAAAUUAAUUUUCUUUUUACCUUUCUAGGAGUCUAAUUCAGUUCCUUGAUACAAAUGAAAUAAUUCAAUUCUCAUCUUGUGAUGUGGACCAAUGAUUCUUCUUGAAACUUAGCAGGCAGCUGUAGCAGUCUUGAAGGGAUUGUGAAUUAUUUGAAGGUUGAUUGAUGGUGACAGUGAUGAAAUGCAUGUUUAUUCAGCCUGGUUCAUUCCACUCACUCCAUAUGUAAGUUCUGAAACUUCCACUGCUGCUGGUGAAGGCAUGACUUCAGCUUUGAGCUGUCCGCAGUCAAAGUACAGGUUGCACUAAUCAUUUAUUUAAAGGUGUUUAUUUCUGAAGGUUAACUGUAAAAGCUCUGAAAAGUGACUGUUAACUGACAACUUCUUAAUGUUAAAUAAGGGUUUUGUGGGUUUUAAACUGGAAAUGAAAAGAAUGACAAGUGCCAGGCCCACCAAAACAAAAAAGCAUUUUCACAUGAAGGAGGCAUGUCAUAGAACAGAACAGAACAGAAUAGAAUAGAAUAGUUUUCAUUUGGAAAAGACCUUCAAGAUCAUCAAGUCCAACCAUAACCUAACUCUAGCACUAAACCAUAUCCCUAAGAACCUCGUCUAUGCACAUUUUAAACACCUCCAGGGAUGGUGACUCAAUCACUUCCCUGGGCAGCCUGUUACACUGCUUCAUAACCCUUUCCGUGAAUAAUUUUUUUCCUAAUAUACAAUCUGAACCUUCCCUGGUGCAACUUGAGGCCGUUUCCCCUUGUCCUAUCACUUGCUACUUGGGAGAAGAGUCUUGACACCCUCCAUGCUAGAACCUCCUUUCGGGUAGUUGUAGAGAGUGAUAAGGUCUCCUCUCAGCCUCCUUUUCUCCAGGCUAAACAGCCCCAGUUCCCUCAGUCCCUCACCAGCUUUGUCGCCUUCCUCUGAACUCUCUCUAGUACCUCAAUGUCUUUCCUAUAAUGAGGGGCCCAAAACUGAACACAGUAUUCAAGGUGGGGACUCACCGGUGCUGAGUACAGUGGAACAAUUACUUCUCUAGUCCUGCUGUCUACACUAUUCCUGAUACAAGCCAGGAUGCUGUUGGCCUUCUUGGCCACCUGGGCACACUGCUGGCUCAUAUUCAGCCGGCUGUCUAUCAACACUCCCAUAUCCUUUUCCGCCAAGCAGAUUUCUAGCCACUCUUCUCCAAGCCUGUGGCGCUGCAUGGUGGUGGUGUGACCCAAAUGCAGGACCCAGCACUUGGCCUUGUUAAACCUCAUGCAAUUGGCCUCAGCCCAAUGAUCCAGCCAGUCUAGAACCCAGUUGCUGAGAGAUCUAGUCUUCAAAAUAUCAAAAUCAUGACUACUAUUAGUUGAGUGUUUUCUUUCAAAGAUGAUCUGAAAAACAUCAGUUAAACUUCAUCUAAAAAUACUAAUUUUUAAAUACUAUCACUGUUUACCAUAUAAUUGCUGAUUUAUCUCAGUGGAAACAUUUUAUUAAUUAAUUCUAUGUUUUUGUCUUCCUUCUAUUCUUUUUUAGGUUCCAAAAUCCUCAUAUGUCUCUAUUGUCAAAUGCCUGAACUUUGUUGCCAUAUACCUGUGAAAUACAGCACUAGUCCUAGUGCCAACCCUCUGUUCUUGGUUUCUUCUUGCUGUGCUAGCUGUGUAGUGACACUUGUCAGUGCUGCUGAAGGAUUUCAUUACAACAACUAAAUUGAUCUAACCAAUCUUUGUUGAUUUUUUGACAGUCUCAUGCUUUCAUUUCAGGAUAAAGCAGGGGUUUUCAGUCUGUCAAUUGUUUGAAUGUGCUACUGUGGGUUGUACUUCUACCACUGUUGUCUUAUGACCCUUAUAUCCCACCAAACAGUCUUCAUGUGUUUGCAGGAUGCUGUUUCUCCCCAUCUAUCUCUCAGCAACAGCACCUAAGUAGCCCCAUCCAAUUUGGCUUAAUUCUCACCUUGUGAGCAUCAAUUGGUCUAAUUAGUUGUUUGCAAGUGGCAGUAACAGCCCUUCUCACAGGCUGAAAAUUGUUUCACAAAGGAAAUUACUGAAUUUUAGAUCUCAAAGAGUCCGUGAACUAAUUCAAGAGUGUCUAUUAAACAUGACAAGGAAAACAUGCUGGAUGGGAAUUGGCUUGCAUUCUGGAGAUUGCAGUAGAUUUGAAAAUCAUGUCCUGUUGGAGCCUUCCUCCUUAUCCUCCUUCUCUGGUCCCAUGGAAAGGAGAGGGCUGCUGAGUCUGCUUGUAAGGCAAAACAUGGAGUCCUGGCUCACCAGCAGCAUCUCUGGAUCCCAAAGCAACUUUGUUCUCUCACCCUGUCUGCUUCUGUGUCUGAAGAACUGUGCUUGUUCUACUGUUGUAGGAUUUUUCUUUUUUCUUUUUCUCCUUUUUCCUUACAACUAUAGGUCUUGUAAUGGUUCUGAAGAAUGUAGAUACUGACCCUGAGGACCAUAUUCAGGUCCUGGUUUGUUUUUCUUUCUCUGGGUUUUAAAGAUCAUCAACUGAAUCACUGAAACUCAAGUCUAUUUUAACUACAGAAAACUGAUGGUGUAGAGGGCAAGAAACUAACUUGCUCAUUUUAUUGCUGUGUGUUAAAGUGCUGUGCUAAUUAACGGUAGAAAUUCAAGCUGAACAGUGAAGCUGCUUUAUGUUCUCUCUUAAAAUAUUUGCACGAGUUCUGUAAGAGUAAUCUGACACACAACUUCAUCACAUGGGACAUUUUAGAUGUAAAUUGCAAAGGAAAGAUUACCUCUAUACAGAGAUUAUUGAGGAACUAGAGGAACUAGAAAGAAAACCUGGUUAUCAGUUGUUUUUGGAUGUUUCUAAACUUUUUUCCUAACAGGUAUGAAUGACAUUAUUUCUUCCCUUGCUCUACAUUGUGCUGUUUAGGCUUCAUUCCUCUCAGUUUUGUUUGUAUUGCUAGUGCGGCAAAGUUGUUUUCCAUGCUGUAGAACGGAGGGAAAUGGGUAUUUUUAGACCAUUGCCUGGCUGUUUGAUAUUCCAGAUGCAGUUUAGCUAAGUUUAUUGUAUGUAAGGGCUGUUACAGGAAUGGUAACAUCUAGACUAUUUUCAGAAAUGUCUCAUUAGCCUGUUUUUUUCCAGGGUUCUUUGUUCAUAGAAUAGAACCUGAUAUUAGAUCAUUUUUCCAUUUGCUUCUGGUUAAUGCUUUAGUGACUACAUGUGAAAAAUAGCUAUAUAUCUUAAACUUCAUUGUUUAGUCAUAAAGGUAGAAGAAAUCCUCUCUACUUCCUUGGCAAGAAUUUUUGGACAGAGCAAAAUCCAGGAAUUAAAUACAACUUCAGAUCAAUUUUUGCUAUCUUGAUUACUUAGAUAUUUACGUAUAGUGAAAAUAAUAUCCUAAAAUUCAACCUACUGUAAUUUAACUGCUCUUAAGUCAUUAAAAGCAGAUGACUAGUUCUCUCCAAUCUUGUAAUUUAAAUAUAAAUUUAAGGUAGAAGUUAAUUCAGAGACAUCUUUGUCCAUUUACUUGUAUGAUUUAGAGGAAUAAUCACUUAGGUACCGAGAAAAAAUCUGAAAAUGUAUAUACCCCUGGAAUAACUUAAUAAACAGAAACGAAAAGAGUGAAAAUAAAGCUAAGUACUUGUCCUUGGUAAGAUGUUUCAUGUUAUCUCAUCUGACUCCCAAAGUUCUCACUUGAUUCAUGGUAUGAAAAUGAGCUUUUGAAGGUUGGGUGGAAGGCCAAAAAAGGAAAACCUUAUAGUUAUGGACCUUCAUGCAGCCAUUAGAGGAACUUUCAUAGUUGGUGAUAAAUUCUUGGUGUGGAUUUUUCCUGUAAUGCUUUGGCUCAUUUGCCUACUCACAGAACUUGAGCAGCAGGGGAUAGCUGAGGGCACUGGAGAAGAGGCAUUUCUUCCAGUUUGUACCUGUGGCCAUUUACUGCAGGGCGACAAUAAACUAUGGCAGAUGCUCUCUGUCAACCCUCUGCCUUCACCACUAAGGAAAGGUAAUAGGAGGAAAAGGGAGAGAGACUUGCAAGUUGGAAAAAGUUAAAAAUGCUUUACUAAUGCUACUAAUAAAUAGAGAAAAUAAUAAAAAAUAUACAAAACCAAUCUUGAAUUUCCCGGGGUAGCCCAGCAUUGUCUGCGGCAGAGCUGGCAUUGCUCUGGUGGCUGCAGGGCAGGCACCCGGAAGUCCUGGGCUGGACUCCGCAGUAAACUGGAACUGGAUUCAGGGAUGCAGGGUCUGGAACCAGGCCUGGGAUCACAGGGAUGACAGGCAGGGUCCUCUUCAGAUGCUGGCCAUGUUUGAAGAGAGAGAGACUCUCAUGAUCUCUCACUUUUAUAGGGUGUAUAACGUGUAUGGGAUGGAAUAUUUGGUCAAUUUUAGUCACCUGUUCUGUCUGCCCCUCCUUGCAAAUACACCCCUCUCAUUUACGAGACAUGCAAAAUUUAUCAACAGCCUUGGCUGCCAUAGCAAUAAGUCUAAACCUGGGCCUCUUCUGCAUACCAUUGCUACUGUUAUCACCUCCGGAGCAAAUGGUGUGUGAAAAACAUGCAGCCAAAUUCAGAAAAGUGCAGUUACCUAGAAGAACUUAGCUGAAAGGAAAAUUCACUAAAAGAGAAACUGGUCUUGUUUUUAACAAAACUAGGACAGUACCUUUUUUUACUCUAGUGCAAGCAGCUUCACAUUCACUGACAUUAUAACAAAAAUCUAAGAGAAUUUUGUUGUUUUUUCCUUGCUUUAGAAUAUAAGUCUUUAUUUUAUAUAGUAUCUAUCUUAUUCACAAUAAAGAAGUGUAUCUUAAAUGGCAAAUAUAA